AUGGAACACUUUGUUAUAUUGCAUUCAUUAGAUGUUCAUUUAGGUACUCCGGAUGAUUCAUACAAAAUUAUCAGAACAAAUGAUAUUUUAUCAUAUUUACGUCAUUUCAACAAUAACAACACAGAAGAUACAGAAAUCGAUAACAUCAAUGCUUCACCUGAAUUACAAGAAAACGAUCAACAUCCGUCUAACUCAAUAACAAACAGACGUACUUGCUUAAUUAAACUUUUAAUCUCUCAUUCAGAAUCGAUAUUAACAACAUCUAAUACAAAUGCCAAUGAAGUUAAUAAUGAACCAACAAAACUCGUUCAAAAUGUAGAAGGUGUAGUUUUAUUCGACAACGACAUAACAACAAAUAUCUCUCAUUCUAAUGGUCAAUCUUACAGUCGACGUUCAUUAAAAAUAAAAGACGAUACCGGUACAAUUAACAUAACAAUAUGGAAUGAAAAGAUUGCAGAAGUACCUGAACAGGUCGUCAAUAAAACAAUUCGAAUGAGAAAUGGGAAAAUAAAUCAUUAUCACGGUAAACCAGCAUUUUAA